ACGCACGCGCACACGGCUGUCAGGCGUGUCAGAGAAGCGCUCGAGCCGCUGUGAGUUGAGAGCCAGCGCGCGCGCUGUAGUCGGUGUGUUACCGUCAGCGGGACCGGACAGACUUGUGCGCGUUAGUUGGUGUCGGUUGGCUGCUUGGUGCGGUUGCUUUUUUGUUUGUUUCCUGGCUUCUGUUUAAAAUGCGGUUCUGACAGAAGCCGGGCUGCGGGCGCCGCCGGCUCCUCCUGACCGAAAAAUGAAGCGUCUCUGUCGGAGGCUGGCGGUGGCCGUGGCGGUGCUGGUGUGGCUGGGCGCGCUGGUUUACCUGCUGGUGCUGAGCCGGAGGAAGCUGCCGGAGCUCGGUACCGGAGCAGGAGCAGGGGGAGGAGGAGGAGGAGUAGCAGCAGGAGGCGGAGAGACAGCGUACAACCAGAUCUCUGAUGCGGAGUGGGAAGACAUGUUGGAGGGCUUUGAUGAGCGCGGUUACCUGAACGCUCGGCGCUGGAAGCCCGGCGACGACCCGUACACCCUGUACGCCUUCAACCAGAGAGAGAGCGAACGCAUCCCCAGCAACCGCGCCCUGAGAGACACACGACACUACAGGUGCACCACUCUUCAUUAUGACUCUGAUCUUCCUCCAACCUCCAUCAUCAUCACCUUCCACAACGAGGCCAGAUCCACGCUGCUGCGCACCAUCAGGAGCGUUUUGAACAGAACUCCAGUUCACCUCAUCCAUGAGAUCAUUCUGGUGGACGACUUCAGUGACGACGAAAGCGACUGCCAGCUUCUCACCAAACUGCCCAAAGUCAAAUGUGUCCGCAACAACAAGAGAGAAGGUCUGAUCAGGUCCAGAGUGCGGGGGGCCGACGCUGCGAGGGCCAGCGUGCUCACCUUCCUGGACAGCCACUGCGAGGUCAACAAGGACUGGCUGCCCCCCCUGCUGCAGAGGAUCAAACAGGACCCAACCCGUGUGGUCAGCCCGGUCAUUGACAUCAUCAACAUGGACACUUUUGCCUACGUGGCAGCCUCCGCUGAUCUCCGAGGAGGUUUUGACUGGAGUCUUCAUUUCAAAUGGGAGCAGCUGUCACCUGAACAGAGAGCUCGACGGACCGACCCGACCCAGCCAAUCAAGACUCCAAUCAUCGCGGGCGGACUCUUUGUGAUUGACAGGUCCUGGUUCAAUCACCUCGGCAAAUACGACACUGCCAUGGACAUCUGGGGUGGGGAGAACUUCGAGAUCUCGUUCCGGGUGUGGCAGUGUGGCGGCAGCCUGGAGAUCCUCCCCUGCAGCAGAGUCGGCCACGUCUUCAGGAAGAAACACCCGUACAUCUUUCCUGAGGGGAACGCCAACACCUACAUCAAGAACACACGUCGCACAGCUGAGGUGUGGAUGGAUGAUUUCCGUCUCUUCUACUAUUCAGCUCGCCCAGCAGCACGGGGGAAAUCAUACGGAGAUAUCCAAGGCAGAGUGGAACUCCGCAAGAAGCUCAAGUGCAAAUCCUUUAAGUGGUACUUGGACAACGUCUACCCAGAGCUUAAGGUCCCAGACGACUCUGACUCUCAGUCCGGGGUGAUCAAACAGCGGCAGAACUGUCUGGAGUCUCGCAGGGUCGAGGGCCAGGAGCUUCCCGUCCUCACACUGGGUCCAUGCAUAGGAACAGAGGGGGUCCCCGCUAUCAACCAGGAGUGGGUGUACACUCACGGGCAGCAGAUCCGACAGCAGCAGCACUGUCUGUCUUUGUCCACCACCUUCCCUGCCUCCCAGGUCCUCCUGCUGCCCUGCAACAUGGCCGACGGCAAGCAGCGGUGGCAGAAGUCGGGGACUCACUUGGAGCACCUGGUGUCUCGGUUCUGCCUGGACUCGGAGAUGGCUCUGGACGGGAUGGACUCAGCUCGAAUGCUGGUCAUCAGCCCCUGUGAACUGAGCGCGUACACACAAAGGUGGGAGGUCCCCUUCUCCUGACCUCUAACCCUGUGACCUGUCACCUCCCCCCAAAGAAUAAGAAAUAAAAACCUGCCCCGUCACCCGUUCACAGCCUCAGAGACCCGGGCAGAGAGCUGCUGUGACACAGUGAAGAUGCAUGAGCACGUCGUGUGGAGCUGCGCUGAGAGCAGCCCGACGCUUCUAAAGACUUUCAGACGUGAGAAGAAACAUUGCUAAAGGAAGAGACGCAUCGGAAACGUCCGAUUAAACGUUUGAGGCUGUUUGGAGUCGAACCAAGUGCACCUUAAAACCCGGCCUGUCCAAGAUUUGAGCUGGACACAAACUUUUGCUUGAGGAAAAAAAAAAAUAUCAAAGAAUGUGUCUUGUAAUCUUUUGCAAUGAAAGUGUCUGUUUUCAAGAAUGUGGGAAUUAAAACCAAGCACAACCCGAGCUUCUACUUUACUUGGUGAAACAUUGCUGUCUUUACUGUAGUAGAAACAUCCAGGAUGGUCGAGAUCCAGCCAGGAACUCUCCAGAUCAAAGCUUCUUAGAAACAGACACGUUGUUUUUUUUGCAUGAACAGAAUCUGUUUUGUCUCUAAAGUUCAAGACUCGUUACCUAUGACUUGAUAAAAAGCACAUAAUCCUGAUUUACACUGAGUUUGAACCCAGCUGACCAACCUCUGACCUGUCACGGUAAAAAACACAAAUCUGAACAUUUCAUUCUGCAGUCAAACCUCCCGAUCACUCUGCACCAAACAAAGAUCCAGUCUUUGCUCUGAUUCCUUCUGUAAAGCUCUUAAAAUGAUCUGAAGUUUGCAAAGGGCAUCAGACAUUUAGUUUGCUGUACGUUGAUUAUACAAGCUUUUAUUUUCCCGUAAAACUUUUGACUAUACUUCAUACUUGACUAGCAACUGAUCGCAGAAGAAGAAGGGUGUAUAUAUUAAUAGUUUGUGAGGAGCCCGGAGUUUUGUAGAUUUGUAGAAACACAGACAGAAAAGGGCUACAGCUGCACACAGAGACGCUCAGCAUGUUUGCAGCACGUCUCCAGUCCAAUAAGUCCAACAAUCCAGUCGGAUGUUUUGGGGGUGGAUCAGCUGCUUCACACUGCACGCCCUGUGAAGAGCUGCCGUGCAUGUGAGAGUUCUGGUUGUUCUUCUUCGUCCACGUUCACUUCAAACUCAGUCAGUCCAUCAGCCUCGUGACGCUUGCUGGCAUCUUUCAUGUUUCUAUUGCAGGUUUGGAGGAUUCACACAUUCUGUUGUUUCUGAGCACCUUGACAGGACACACACACACAGGACACACACACAGGACACACACACACAGGACACACACACA